AUUCGUUAAUCACUGAGCCACGAUGGGAACUCCAAGUUUUAUUUUUUUAAUUAAAGCUUACUGGAAACUGACAAAAUCUUAAAAAGAAUAUAACCCUUAGGGGCCCUAGUUCCUCCUCUUCAGGAAAUGUGGGGCGAGGUGGGCUGCCCCUUGACUGGCUCAGUUUCCCUCCCACAACCCCUCCUGGAGAAACGCUGUUUAAAUAAACACCUAUAUAUUUUGGUCCUUCGCUUGGAAAUCUCCUGCCCUACAAUUCGUAGUAUUCAGCAGUGAUUUGAAGGCUCCUAUAGGUAUUAGAAUCAUCAGAGGCAAAUGAAGAAAAAAAAAAAAAGCACACUCCUGGGCCCACCAGAUGGCAUGUGAUUCAGCAGGUCUGAAUCAGCAGUGAGGCUGGGGAUUUUAAUUCCAGCCCAAGGAUCAUGAUGGGGAUUAGGGAACACUUGCAGUAAUUCUCUGUUCUGGCCACCAGAGGGUGCCAGGGACCGUGUUAAGGGUCUCCCUUUGAGGUCUUGUUCCUCUAGACAGGUUGCCUUCAUCAAGGACUUGCUGGUCAAACAGGCUAGGGGUGAACAGUAUCCCAGCUGGCAGGAGCUCCCACAGAAGGAAACCGGGCAUCAGAAAAGAGGCUCACAGCGGGCACUGGGCACUUGUGAUUCUUGCAUAUCUGACUCUAGAGCUAAGAGAGGCCAGGGCUCAGCCUGGAAUUCCUAUCAGCCUGUCCUGUUUUGGGGUGUGCUGUUUACCCAAACCUCAGCUCUGAGACUAACCGUCCAUUCUGAUGGAAAAGCCAAGACUCAGGCAGGGGCAAAGGCUUAAUGGCAGCUGCUCUGGCUCCCAGCCCACCUGGGGCUCAUGUCCUGCCAGGAAUGGGGACAGAGAAUGGACACUAGGAAGUCCAGCUGUGAACCAGCCUCCAGUGCCCAGGAGAUGGGACAGGGCCUGCUGGCCAGGGAUAGAUGCUGGCUGGCGGGGCCCUGCUUCCGCAGCUGUGGGUGGCCUUGGUGAGUCAGCUUUCCUCUGCCUGCCUAGAGGGGGCCCGCCCUGGGCUGGGAGAGGGAGGUGUUCGGAUUAGGGAGGGGCAUUAAGGUGCCCCGGUGGUCCAGCUCUUCUGGAUGCUGAGGUCCCACGGGAUAUAACUGUGGCCCCGAGGCCCAUCUUCGAAGGAGGUCUCCCGGGGUGGGUGUCCUUGAAGAUGGAAUCUCUGGAGAGGCUAGGGCUCUUUAUCAGGCUCCCUCAGAAAGAUACCCCGUGGUCUCCUGCUCUGUGUUCGUCUCUAAGAGGCUUGCCACGGCACUAGGUGGGGAGAGGCCUGAUCCCCCACCAGUAGGGUAAAUGGGAACAGACUGGCUGACCACUCCCGUGAGGGGGGGCUCUGCUGGCGGAGGGAAUGCUAGGCGGAUGGGGGAGAGACGGAGAGCCGGCAGCUUGUGGGCGGGGCCUAGCCAGAGGUGACGCCCGAGGCUCAACCCAAUUUUCCGGGUGGGGCGAGAGGGGCGGCCGCGGAGGCGGGGCCUAGAGCGUGGAGCCUUGCCCUCCGCCCGAGCCUGGCGGGAUCUGCCGCCGCAGCCUGAACCGCAGCCGGAGCCGCUUGGAGCCGGAGCUGGAGCGCAGGCCCUGCCGGAGCCGAGCUGAGCCGAGCUCGCCGCUGGGCACCGGCCGGAACAGGGGCCCGCGUAUCAGCCCGCUUCAGGGCCUGGGCGCUAUCGGAGGCAGCGAGCCCCGACAACCAGCACCGCCCGGCUCAGGAGCCCGGAUCUCCCCUUCAGGCCUGCGUACAGCCUGAAAACGCAGGAGAGUCCCGGGGUCUGGACUGAAGAGAAAAAGGAGUAUUCCGUCUAAUCAUAGCGGGCACUGGGAGGGGAGAAGAGUGGAGACUUCGCCUGGCACAGGGCAGAGGUGCCCUGCACUUACUAGGCCAGGCUUGAGCACCAAAGAGCCUGGCAUCCUAGUAGAAGCGACCUGGGCUCUGCCCUGCCUGAGCCGGGAACGCAGCAUAGCUCCUGGACAGCCGCUGGCACAGGCCCAGCACAAGAAGCAGUGCCCUCACCUGUCAGAGACACGGUGGGAUCCGAGGACUCCGGAUCUGGCCCGACCCAGAGUGGGGCUCUCUGGUGACUCAGAGCUGGUCACUGGCGGGCCGGCCUCCUGCCCCAGCCCCACUGGUACGGAUGUGCCGCUGCCCGCCAGAACACCAUGACAGCAGGAUGACCUCAGCUGAGGUAGUGGCACUGGCUGGCGGGGCUCGGCUGGCCGGGUCCCCCGAGUGGCCCCCAGACACACCCCAGGCCCUGGGGCGGCCUGGCCGGGCCCGGGUGGCUGUGGCAGCACUGGUGUGGCUGCUGGCGGGAGCCAGCAUGUCAAGCCUCAACAAGUGGAUUUUCACAGUGCACGGCUUUGGGCGGCCCCUGCUGCUGUCUGCGCUGCACAUGCUGGCAGCCGCACUUGCAUGCCACCGGGGAGCCCAGCGCCCCAUGCCUGGCCGCACCCGCCGCCAGGUGCUGCUGCUCAGCCUCACCUUUGGUACCUCAAUGGCCUGUGGCAAUGUGGGCCUGAACGCUGUGCCCCUGGACCUGGCACAGCUGGCCACCACCACCACGCCGCUGAUCACACUGGCCCUGUCCGGGCUGCUGCUCGGCCGCCGCCACCAUCCGCUGCAGUUCGCUGCCAUGGGCCCGCUCUGCCUGGGGGCUGCCUGCAGCCUGGCCGGGGAGCUCCGCACACCACCAGCUGGCUGUGGUUUCCUGCUGGUGGCCACCUGCCUCCGUGGCCUCAAGUCCGUUCAGCAGAGUGCCCUGCUGCAGGAAGAGCGGCUGGAUGCGGUGACCCUGCUAUACGCCACCUCGCUGCCCAGCUUCUGCCUGCUGGUGGGUGCGGCCCUGGUGCUGGAGGCUGGUGUGGCCCCGCCGCCUGCCCCCACUGACUCGCGCCUCUGGGCCUGUAUCCUGCUCAGCUGCCUCCUGUCCGUGCUCUACAACCUGGCCAGCUUCUCCCUGCUGGCCCUCACCUCGGCCCUCACUGUCCAUGUCCUGGGCAACCUCACUGUCGUGGGCAACCUCAUCCUGUCCCGGCUCCUGUUCGGCAGCCGCCUCAGCACCCUCAGCUACGUGGGUAUCGCACUCACCCUUUCGGGAAUGUUCCUUUACCAUAACUGCGAGUUUGUGGCCUCCUGGGCUGCCCGCCGGGGCUUCUGGCGGAGGGACCAGCCUGGCAAGGGUCUCUGACACCUGGGGGAACACAGGGACUACCUGGUACAGCCCUGAAUCCAGCCUUGGCCAGUGGCCAUGGGAAAUGUGGAGAGUGGGCAGCGGCUGGGGCAGUGAGGGAGACAGGCCUUCCGGAAGGGCCACCUCGGAGGCUGGAAUGGGGACUUCCAGAGAGACCCACCUCCUGUCCCUGCUGGCCUCUCUUCAUCAGUGACCCCACUCACCACUGGAUGGUGGGUCCAAGCCCGGCACAGUCACUGAGUUUGUCCGAGAAAUUAUUACAUUUAGUUUCAACUAUGGCGCCGAAAAUUACCGGCCAAACUUUGAAAACCUCACCGUGUUCUAAUGUCAGCAAUGGUGAUUCUUGGCGGUCACACAAUCCUUCCUCCAGGAAGUGGGGGAGGCAGCUAGGGGGCUUGGGGUGGGGCUUCUUGGCUGUUGGCCUUCCCCAGGGAGUUGGGGUCUUCUGUGCCAACUCCAGGCAGCUGCUGAGGCCUCAGUCCUGGGCCCCCCAAUUUUGGGUCUUCCGUCCUCAAAUAAACUAUUUUUACUUGUA